AAACCUGUAUUCUGGUGCUUCUGCCUUCGCGUGACAAGCGAGGUUGUUCUAUUAUAAACACACACUUUAUUUUCCUGUCGUGUGCAAGCUCAAAUACAGAUUUAACAGUUUCCGUUUUUUGUUCAUUUCAUUGGAAAAGAACAUGGAGCCUCUAUCAGCUUUUUGCUAACCUUUGUUCUUUUAUCAGUGGAAGUGUGAUUUUUUAAAACAUUAUUUCCCAGUUGAACAGGAAACAUCUGCUGCCCCUGGCUUCUUGCUGCGGAUUUUCUUUUCCUUUUCUUUUCUUUUCUUUUCUUUUUCUUUUCUUUUUUUUUUUUUUUUAAAGUUUUUUAAACCUGACCUCAGUUUCCCAAAUGAAUUUGAACAUGGAAGCUUAACACGAGAUCUGAACUUCCUAGUAAGAGGCUAAUAAAAAGAAACUUUUACUUUGGAACCAAACAUGAAGUCAGCUGGAAAAAGUGCUGCGCUCCUGGCAUUGCUUUCUGUAAUCGCCAUCUGCGUGGAGGGUGGAUUUGUGGAGCCUGCUAACCCCGUCACCACCCAGCGCUCCAUGACAGAGACUCAAACCAGACUCCCCUGUCAGUAUCAGGUGGAGGGGGAGGAGAAGGUGGUGCAGGUCACCUGGUACAAGGAGCUUUCAGACGGCAGCAAAGAUCAGAUCAUCACAGCUCACUUCAUGGAUGGCCACACAGAGUUUGGGCGUUACUCUGGUCGGGUGAGGUUCGAGAACAGCAACCCCAUCAAGAACUCUGCUCUGAUCAUCCUGAACACAGAGCAGUCGGACGAGGGCAGCUACACCUGCCAUAUCUCCACCUUCCCCAGUGGAAAUUUUGAGAGGAAGAUCGCUCUCACCGUCUGGAUUUUACCCAUCUCCUCCCUGGAUCCAGUAACUCUUGUGGAGGGCCAAUCCUUCCGUGUGGCAGCCACCUGCCGAGCUAUAGGUCACCCACUUCCCAUUCUCUCGUGGGACACCGACAUGUCAGGAACGGUCCAGAACCGCACCAGCGAGACUGGGUCAGUGUCCAGCUACUUCUCGCUCCACCCCCUGCGUAGCAUGAAUGGGAAAAAGCUGGACUGUUUAGUGUGGCAUCCCGGCCUGGAGGAGCCGCGUAGGAUCAGCAACCGCCUGGAGGUUCAAUACCCCCCAGAUGCUACGAUCACGACGUCCUCAUCUCGCUGGUAUGUGGGUUUGGAGAAAGCUGAGCUGGUGUGCGAAGGCAGGGGACACCCCAAACCUCGAAACUUCACCUGGACAUGGGAAGGGGGAGCUCUGCCUGACGGGGUGUCUGCGGUUGGAGGGAAGCUCGUCUUUCAGCGGCCCGUUCACUUGAGUGACCGUGGGGCCUAUGAGUGCAUGGUCACGAACAGUGUGGGAAGGGGAAAAACUGAGUAUAUGCUCAAUAUAGAUGAGGUGCAAUGGCGCAUUGGUGAAACCCCAACUGAUAACCUGAUGCUGAUCACAAUUUGUGCCUCCGCCGGAGGUUUAGUCCUCCUCCUGAUCAUCAUCAUCCUGGUGGUUCUCCGCCAUCAUCGACGCAGAACGAAAAAGCUUAAGAGACAGCUAUCUGAAAAAACGGAUGAAAUUAGGAGUUUCUCUAGACAAGCCUCUUUCAGGAGAGUAAACUCUACCAGCACAGACUUCAGAUUUCAGGGUGAAGACUCCAUGCUCAGAAUAGACAGCCGAAUGAAAAACAGCCAAAUGUCUCUGGAGCAUACCCAUUCCACUCUGGGUGGGAGGUGGGGGCCAGAAGACGUAGAACUGGAUGAACUGGGACGUCCAGUCAUCUGGUAUGAAGGCAGCGAUAUACCAGGAGGAGCUGAGGUUGACGGAGUGAAGGAGGAGCAAAGGAAGAGGGUGGAGUCAUACGUGAAGAGCAGUAGCAACAUGUCGCUGGACUCAGGUCUUCCUUCAUCUUUGGUUCCUCUGAAGGCUCAGCAGGAUGACGGCAGCGGGCCCAGAGAACCAGACGCCUGCCAGCCCAGGGAGAGAGAGGACUGGGCUCCCACACAGUCUGUAGCAGAAGGACAGGACAAUGACGAAGAUGGGAACCCCUACCAGUUAUCACAGACUCUCAAGUCUUUGUUUGACUACAGUAAUGGAGUCCUCAGGCCCAAGCCAAGUAACAAUUCCAUUAUUCUACACCCCAGAGGACAGCUGAUCUAGACAGGACUCUCAUCUGUGGUAUGAAAAGAGAGACGGUCUGUAUCUCUGCAGUGACUCUGACUGUGACUUUUGAUGUUUGCUUUGAAUAUAUCGGAAGGGUAAUUCGUCUCAGGUACUACCCCAAUGCUGAUGAUUGUUGACUUUUACUUGAGAGAUUCUUCCUUAUUUCUAUUAAUCAAAAGAAGGUUUUGAGUUGCUCUUGUGAGGAUUUUAUGACUUCAUCUGUGAGGUAAUAAAAAAGAGAUGAGGAAUAAUUUGGGGGAAGAAAAAAAAAGUCCUGAGCCAGAUACAACUGGUAUGGUAGAACUACUCCGUAACUGAAACGUUUUGGACCCAAAUUAUUUUGAAGUUCCACUAAUGUAGAAUUAAGUUUAUAGAGAGUUUUGCCCUGAAAGUUAUGCAAAUGAAAAGUAUUUUUGUUCUUUAAUGUAUUGUAUUAAGAAUCCUGUUACAAAUGUUUACUAUGUUUGGUGCAAAGCUGAGUUUUGCAUCCAGUGCUUCUUGUUUAAAUACAUGUGAAUAGAUACAAAGGACUUGAGAAUCCUGCCUCAUGCAGGACAAUAUGUAUAUAUUGCAUAUGUCUAUAUACACUGAUCAUCCAUGACAUUAAAACUGUUGAAAGGUGAAGUGAAUAACAUUGACUCACUUGUUAAACCUUAGAUCUGGCACACCUUUCAGCAACUCCACAUCACAAAAAUUACUUGAGGAACUUGGUAAAGAGUCCAAGGUGCUGAUACAAACUAUCAGCUCCUCAGAUCCAAAUUGAAUUAAGGUUUUUGAGGCUCACGCCCUGAUGGGUCAGAGCUAUUUUUACAUUGUUUCCACAUCAACUCUUGCACAUUAGGUGUUCUAAUGUUAAUGUCUGAUAUGUUUGUGUGUACAUUUGUUUAUUAAUACAUCUUUACAGCCACCUGCUGCUGUCAGCUUAAAAAAAACCCUCCUUAAUAUGAAGAACAAAAGAGACAAUGCUGAAAGUUCUUUGAACAGCUGGUGUUGAAAUGCAGCAAACUGGGUCAGUUUCAUCCAUAUAACUAUAUAACUAUAACUUUUUAGUGCUGUAAAUACCUUUUGUAAAAAAAAAAACAUUGUGAUGAUACAAAUACACUGUAAAUUUUUCUAUGCUUUUUUUUUUUAAGAAGAUCAGGAAGUGAUGUGUAUAUGUUGAAAAUCUUUAUUUGUAAAAGUGCAGCUUACAAAUGUCCUUUUUAAAAAAACUUAAAGCUAUUUCGGGAACUUCAUGAAACAGCAGAAACUUUAUGGGUUAUUCUGUGAUAGGUUGAUGAAUUUAAAUAAAUUUUCUAUUGAAGAAAAAGUUA